AUGAACGCUUUGCAGAACUUGCAAGGUGGCCCUACGGGGAGCUCGAGUGGGAUGAUGGCCACUCGUCCCCCCGGAGUGGCAGGUCUGGGACAGUUGAAUCAGUCAAUGUCACAUCCUGGACAGCCUCAGCCGGGUACGUCUGGAAUGGUGCCUCACAUGCCUGGCUUCCCGCCAAGCACGCAGCAGCAGUCCCAAUUGCAGAUGCAGCAGAUUGCCCAGCAGCAGCAACAGCAACAACAGUUCCAGGCCCAACAAGCCGUGCAGCAGCAACAACAGCAACAGCAGCAACAGCAACAACAGUUCCAGGUACAGCAGCAGCAGAUGAUGAAACUUCAGAUGCAGCAGCAGCAGCAACAGCAACAGCAGCAGCAGCAGAGAUUGAUUCAACAGCAACUCCAGCAGCAGCAACAACAGAUCCAACUCCAGCAGCUUCAGCAGUUGCAGUCUCAAACACCGUCUCAGCUGGUGCCUCAAUCUCAGUCCCAGCCCAUGGUUACUCAGGUGCCAGGCCAGAUGUCAGGCCAGGUUUCCAUGUCUUCAUCCUUAACACAACAGCAGCAACCAAUGAAGCUUCAAUCUCUGCACCAGGUCCGUUCACAGUUUCCCCAGGGUCAGACAUCUCAGGCCCAGGCUCAAGCCCAAGCUCAGGCACAGGCUCAAGCCCAAGCUCAGGCACAGGCCCAGGCUCAAGCCCAAGCACAGGCCCAGGCUCAAGCCCAAGCACAGGCCCAGGCUCAAGCCCAAGCACAGGCCCAAGCACAGGCCCAAGCUCAGGCACAAGCUCAGGCCCAGGCUCAAGCCCAAGCUCAGGCCCAGGCUCAAGCACAAAUGGGAGCAGGAGGGCAGAUGAUGUCUUCUAUGACCCGUGCUGUACGACCACGGUUCCCACCUGCCUCUGUUGCAUCGUCCACGCCUCAAAGCUCCGUUCCUCUGGGAGGACAGCAAAUAGCACAGGUUAACAAUGCGAUUGCCAUGAUACCUUCUCCAGUUCAGCAAGCGCAGACGAUGCUUCCACCACCGCAGCCACAGCCAUCUCCUCAGCCACCUUCAUCCCAGCAGAGCUCUGUGAGUUCUGGUCCAGCUCCAUCACCAAGUGCCUUCCUGCCAAGUCCAUCAGCACAGACGACGCAGAGUCCAGCUGCAGCACGGACACCGCAGAAUUUCAGUGUCCCUUCCCCAGGCCCCCUCAAUACUCCAGUGAACCCUGGCUCGGUUCCCAGCCCAGCCGGCCGGACACAGACUGAGGAACAGCAGUACCUGGACAAACUAAAACAGCUAUCAAAGUACAUUGACCCUUUGAGACGGAUGAUCAACAAAAUAGACAAAAAUGAAGACAGAAAGAAAGUCCUGUCCGUACCCUGCUCACUGAAGGGCUUGAGCCGAGGCUGGAACUGUAAUGGGCAGUCACCAAGCAGAGGCCAGGACAAGAAAGAGACUGAUAGAAAACGACAGGCUCAGUCUUUUGUAAAUAAAUGGGCCCCUUUGAUCUCGCCACGGAAACGCAAACACGACGAGGAUGAGAGGCAGACCAUUCCCAAUGUUUUACAGGGUGAGGUUGCGCGGCUAAAUCCGAAAUUCCUGGUGAAUUUGGACCCAUCCCACUGCAGUAAUAAUGGAACAGUCCAUCUCAUAUGUAAAUUAGAUGACAAGAGUCUGCCUAGUGUGCCCCCACUGCAGCUAAGUGUUCCAGCUGAUUAUCCAGACCAGAGCCCUCAGUGGACAGAUGACUCCCAACAGUAUGAAGCUAACCCUUUCCUGCAGAUGGUUCACCGUGCAAUGACAUCCAGGCUACUGCAAUUGCCAGACAAGCACUCAGUCACUGCACUCCUCAACACGUGGGCACAAAGUGUGAAGCAGGCCUGUUUUUCUGCAGCAUAACCCGGUCGGGGAGGAGUGUACUCAUUCCAGCAUGGAGUCUGUAUCUACCAAGGAGCCUUCUAAUGGAUUCACUAAGAAGCUAAAUGUGUGGAAAAAUAGAGGACUUGCACUGUUUAGCUCUCUUCUUGAUCACUUUAAAACAAUAUGGGACCUUUUCCUAGCAUUUUUUUUUGGAUAUAAAGAUAUGUAUUAAGAAUUCAGUACUUUAUUUACAGUCCUUGUUUCUAUUUCACAUACUGUGUUUGCUCAUGGCCUAAUGAGGGUGACUCUCAAUAUCCUUUAUGUUACCUGGGCAUCUGUGUUUUUAAUAAUGUAUCAGUGAAAUUGUCACUGGAGUAAAUUUUUUUUCCAAAAGAUCA